AUGGAUGUUAGUCAAGUCGAACCACGUGAUUACCCUCCAAGACUUUACCCUUCUAACCUAGAAGGUAAAGAUAUCAAUCAUAAUUUCCGUGCAGGACAUUUCCCCCACAUUAAAGAAACAAUAGGACUCGAUGUGUGGGAAGAACUGGUGAACUCUCCCAUUGGAGUAGUUGCUAGGCUACUUUCACGCGAAAGCAUUUGGUCUGGUAGGACCGUACACUAUCUGCUAUGUAGACAGCUGCGAGUGCAUAAAAAGGAGAUAUGGUCUGUUGUGGUUGAUGAUGUUAUCAGGUUUAGCUUGCUCGAGUUUGGUGAGAUCACUGGGUUAAACACAGGUCCAUUGCCAACAGAAAGUUUUGAACCUGAUCAAUACAAAGAGUUUUGGGAGGAGUUGAAGGUGCCGCUUGGGAUGGGACCCAAGUAUGAUGAGCUGAAGGCAGCAUUAGAGUUCUGUCCUGGUUGGAGUUUUGAAAAGCGUAAGUGGUUGGGGAUGUUAUUUCUUCAAGCCAUGGGACUGUACUGUUUGCAUCACAAUUCAAGGAUACCCUUUCAAAGUGCAAUAAGGGUAUUCGACGAUGAAGCCAUGAGGUCGUAUCCAUGGGGUCGGACUGCAUACGAAGUUCUUGUUGACUCUCUGAAAACACUGUCUCCAGAUGGAAAGUCAUACACAGUAAGCGGCAUGAAGGACGUUUUAUUGGUUUGGGCGUAUGAGUCCAUCGUCUGUUUCGGUGAGAAGUUUGGGAGAGUGGUCAACAAUGAAGACGUUCCUCUUUUGCGAUGGGGUGGAAGGCGUACACGUUCAAGUUUUGAUACUGUCUUGUCUGACGAAAUCAAAGAUCAUGGCGAGGUCCGUUUGAGGAGAAUGGUUAUGAAGGAGUCAAUUGAAGAGAUGUUUCCUGUAUGGUCGGAUGAACCUGACGACCCACAACUCGUUAGGUUGGUAGAAGACAUACACGCAGGUAGAUACGUGAAAGGUUUCUGGGAAGUACAGAGGGAUGAGCAGGGGAAGGGGAAUGAGAAGAAGAAGAAGAAAACGAAGGGAGUUUCAUCAGAAGCUGAGCCAUCAACAAAGAAGCAGAAGAAAGAAGCUGCUGAAACGAGAAAGGGUUCUAGCGAGGAGGAAGCUGUAUUGGACAAAGCGACUAUGACGAAUCUUGUGAGUGCUCUGCAGAAUAUUUCAGCAAAAUUUGACGCUUACGAUUUUGACCGGAACCGUGCAGCAGAGCUGAAAGUUUUGGGGGAAAGGAAAAUUCCCGACAACGAUGCUAAACUCUCCUCCGCCGGCGUAGAAAAAUCUUUAUCGGUGACAUCAUCACCUCGUAGGAGGUCGCCACCGGAAAAGUCGGACAAAAGUCCAGUGGUAGAACCGCAGGCCCAGGAGGAGAAGUCUGUAAAAACUCCAGUGACAGAACCGCGGCAGCAGAAAAAGCCUGUCAAAAGUCCAGAGCCGCCGCAGCAGAAAGAGAAGGCUGUCAAAAGUCCGGUGCCGCCGCAGCGGAAGGAGAAGGCUGUCAAAAGUUCGGUGCCGGCGCAGCAGAAACAGCAGAAGUCAGUCAAAAGUCCAGCGUUAGCUGAGACCCCUGCAAAGAAGAAUUCGGAGCUUGAGAAGGAUACACUGGUGAGAAGGAUUUUGGGUGAUGAUUUUAAUGAAAUUGAUUUCAUCAGUGUUUCUCCUGCAAAGAUUACUAAGGAUGCUAAGGAUGGUAAGGAUGCCAACGUUCCAGCCUAUGGACGCGGCUUACGGGGCAAGGCCAAGCGUACUGUUACUGUAAAGGAUGAGGCUAUCGAGGAUAAGAAAAAAGCACAGCGGGCAGAGGCUGCGUUGAAGAGGAAGGAGAAGCAAGAGGCUAAGAAAAAAGAGAACGAGGAGAAGAAACAGAAGAGAAAAGCGGCUGAGUUACAAAAGAAACAAGAGGCUGGGUUACAGAAGAAAAAGAAGGAAGACGAGGCUGAGUUACCGAAAAAAAGAAGGAAAAAGAGGCUGAGUUACCGAAGAAGAAGAAAGAAGAAGAGGCUGAGUUACAGCGGUCUGAGGAAUGUGUUGUGA